AUGCAAUUCUCUACGAUCAAGUACGCAGUCGCUGCUCUAGCUGUCUACAGCAGCAGUGUCCUCUCUGCGGCCACGCCUGCAGAGGUUGUUCAGAACAUCCGUACGCUCACCCAGAAGUCUCAAGCCCUUCAGGCUCCUGCUCAGAGCAUCAACAUCGUCAGCGGUCCUUUGAUCCUCAUUGGCCAGGGUCCCUUCCCGCCAAUCAUUGCCGGAUUUACCGAUAUCGUCGUGACCACAACCACUGCCAUCGCAUCAAUGCAGGGAAUGUCCCCUGUUCCUGCGGGAAGCCCAUCUGAUGACAUUUUCAAUGCAUUCCGCGAAUUUGUGCGCGUACACCAAGUACUUCUCAACAUUCUUAUUGGCAAAGCUGGUUUGUUCCAAACCGUUCCCUUCAUUGGCCAGCCCGUCGCACAGGUUCUGCGACAGGUUGAAUCCGUGGUUGAUACGGUUGCUUUUGGCCUCAUCGACGCCGUGCAGAGCAGGGCGGACGACCUCCGAGGUCAGGCUUCUCAGCUCACAAUGACUAUUAGCAAGGCAGUUGACUCCUACGACGGCCUUAGUCUGUCUUAG